UGUCCCCCGGGGAGGGAGGCGAACGCGAAGCCUCUUCAUUUCAAACUCUCCACAUGCAGCGGACGCUCGCGGCAGUAAAGGGAGAGGACUCGGGAGUACCGCGCGAAGGGAGCGCAAGCCCCACCGAGCGUGUGCGCUUUUCCGAAUUACAAACAAGCCAAACUGCGUCUCAUCCCUGAACAAGUCAGAGCAGCAUUACGAAGUUCUGCCUCCGACUUCGGACAAUGGGACGCUAAAGAACAACAGCAGGUAAACGACACUAAACGGACCGUUGGGCGGCGCCAGCAUACAGUGAGCGCGUGAGCUCCACUGUGCUGUUGUGCUUGCGUGCGCUUGCGUGCGCGCGUGUCGCGUUCCGUUGUGCCGCGGGGGGCGUCAUGCGUGCAGGAUGGAUGUGAAGGAACGCAGGCCCUACUGCUCUCUGACCAAGAGCCGCCGGGAGAAGGAACGUCACUACACGGGCUCAUCGGGGGACAGCGAGGACCGCCGCGUCCACACGCAGAAGUCCUACAGCUCCAGCGAGACGCUCAAGGCCUUCGAUCAGGACUGCUCACGCCUGCUGUACGGGAGCCGUGUCAAAGACAUGGUCCACAGGGAGACGGAGGACUACGGCCGCCAAGGGCAGAACUUUAACCUGAGGCAGUUGGGGAUCUGUGAGCCGGCCACGCGCCGCGGCCUGGCCUUCUGUGCUGAGAUGGGCCUCCCCCAUCGUGGCUACUCAGCUGGCGCUGGCUCAGAUGUGGACAUUGAAAACGAGAGGGUGAUGUCGCCAGAACGCGCCAUGCGGCUGUGGGGCAGGGGGGUGAAGUCUGGCCGCAACUCCUGCCUAUCCAGCCGCUCAAACUCAGCCUUGACGCUGACUGACACAGAGCACGAGAACAAAUCAGACAGCGACGUCGGUUCUCCCAUGCCAUCCUCUCUCCCCAGUCCAUCUGAACAUUGCCAUUCCCAGCCACCAUCACCCAAUCUCCAUGACAACCAGAGUUCGGUGCUCAGCAGUGCCCCUGUGCAGGCUGUUGGGGGCUCGGACUCAGAGGAGGAGUUUACGCCCGCUCUCUAUAGAGCUGUAGCCCCGCCCUCCACCAAUGAGCAAGCACCCAAUCAGCAGCAGCAGGGCCAGCCUCCACUGCCCCCAGCCCCGCCCCCGCACAAGCAACAGCCGCUGGUGACGGCGCUGAACCACAGCUCGGCCACUAGCCGGCGGACCGCCAGCCCGGCCGCCCCGCCGCCCCUCCCCGCAGAGCUGCCCACCACGCCCGAAUCCGUCCCGCUGCAGGACAGCUGGGUCCUGGGCAGCAAUGUGCCACUGGAGAGCCGGCACUUCCUCUUUAAGACAGGCACAGGGACGACUCCUCUGUUCAGCACGGCGACUCCGGGCUACACCAUGGCGACGGGUGCAGUGUAUUCCCCGCCCACGCGCCCCCUCCCUCGUAACACCCUCUCCCGCAGUGCGUUUAAGUUUAAGAAGUCGUCCAGGUACUGCUCGUGGAGGUGCACCGCCCUGAGCGCUGUGGCCGUGUCUGUCCUCCUCGCAAUCAUCCUCAGCUACUGCGUUGCCAUACACCUGUUUGGACUGAACUGGCAGCUCCAGGAGACUGAGGGUUAUGCGUUUGAGAAUGGCCAGGUGAAGUCGGACACCACGCCCUCCAAUGCAGUUACUUCUCUCUCAGCAGACCACGGUAAAGGGGGGGUGUAUGUACAGGAGAACAACACUAUCGACACUGGCGAGGUGGACGUGGGCCGUCGGGCGGUCCAGGACAUUCCUCCCGGAAUGUUCUGGCGUUCCCAACUCUACAUUGACCAACCGCAGUCUCUUAAGUUCAACAUCUCCCUACAGAGAGAUGCACUGGUCGGUGUUUAUGGCCGUAAAGGACUUCCCCCCUCACAUACCCAGUAUGACUUUGUGGAGUUGCUGGAUGGCAGUCGUCUGAUCUCCAAGGAGAAGCGUGGUGCAGUUGACCUAGAGGGUGUCGUGCGGAGGGCGCGCUCCAUCAGCGUACACGAGGCCGAGUUCAUCCGCUUCCUGGACUCAGGCGUGUGGCACUUGGCCUUUUACAACGACGGCAAGAACACCGAGCAGGUCUCCUACAACACCAUCGUUAUAGAGUCCCUCACAGAGUGUCCACACAAUUGCCAUGGCAACGGAGACUGUCGCUCAGGAACGUGUCAUUGUUUUCCAGGGUUUCUUGGGCCUGAUUGUUCGCGGGCUGCGUGCCCUGUGUUGUGCAGUGGCAAUGGCCAGUACUCCAGGGGGCGCUGUCUGUGCUACAGUGGCUGGAAAGGGACAGAAUGCGACGUUCCCAACAACCAGUGCAUCGACAUCCACUGCAGCGGCCACGGGAUCUGCAUUAUGGGCCUGUGUGCCUGCAACACAGGCUAUAAGGGAGAGAACUGUGAGGAGGUGGACUGUCUGGAUCCAUCUUGCUCCUCUCAUGGUGUGUGUAUUCAUGGAGAGUGCCACUGUAAUCUGGGUUGGUCCGGCACCAGCUGUGAGGUUCUGAAGACCACGUGCCCGGACCAGUGUUCGGGUCACGGGACCUACCACUCCGAGAGUGCCACCUGCACCUGUGAUGCCAACUGGACCGGGCCUGACUGCUCUAUCGAAGUGUGUGCGGUGGACUGCGGCUCCCACGGAGUGUGUUUGGGCGGGAGUUGCCGGUGUGAGGACGGUUGGGCAGGCUCCGUGUGUGAUGUGAAGGCCUGCCAUCCUCGCUGCACUGAACACGGGGUCUGCAGAGACGGGAAGUGCGAGUGCCAUCAGGGCUGGGCAGGAGAACACUGUACUGUUGCUCACCCGGAGACGUAUGUCCAAGGAGAGAGGAUAGGAUUUAAAGAGGGAUGCCCGGGACUAUGUAACAGUAAUGGCCGCUGCACACUGGACCAGAACGGCUGGCGUUGCGUCUGUCAACCUGGCUGGAGGGGAGUCGGCUGUGAUGUCGCCAUGGAAACCCUCUGCACGGACGGCAAGGACAAUGAAGGAGAUGGUUUGGUGGACUGUAUGGAUCCGGACUGCUGUCUCCAGAGUUCGUGCCAGACACAGCCUUUCUGCCGUGGCUCUCCCGAUCCUGCUGACAUCAUCAGCCAGGGCCAAUCGGCUUCAUCACAGCAGGCCGCCCAGAGCUUCUACCAGCGAAUCAGCUUCCUGGUCGGCCCAGAGAGCACGCAUGUCAUUACUGGAGAGAACCCCUUCAACAAAAGUCUGGUAUCUAUAAUCAGAGGGCAGGUGCUGACGGCAGAUGGGACUCCCCUCAUCGGAGUGAACGUUUCCUUCGUGCACUACCCCGACCAUGGAUACACCAUCACCCGUCAGGAUGGCAUGUUUGACAUCCUGGCCAAUGGGGGUGCGUCUCUGACCCUGAGCUUCGAGCGUGCUCCGUUCCUGCCCCAGCAGCGGACCGUGUGGGUGCCGUGGAACGUCUUCUAUGUGAUGGACACACUGGUGCUAAAGAAGGAACACAACGACAUUCCCAGCUGCGAUCUGAGUGGUUUCGUUAGGCCCCACCCCCUCAUCGUCACCACGCCCCUCUCCACAUUCUUCAGGUCCUCUCCUGAGAAUGGACCAAUCAUCCCCGAGACACAGGUGCUUCAGGAGGAUACGUCCAUCCCGGGCAGUGACCUGAACCUGGUGUACGUGAGCUCCCGCGCGGCCGGCUACCGCCCCGUGCUGAAGGUGACCAUGACCCAGUCCACCAUCCCCUUCAACCUAAUGAAAGUGCACCUGAUGGUGGCCGUGGUGGGGCGGCUCUUCCAGAAGUGGUUCCCCGCAGAGCCCAAUCUGGCCUACACCUUCAUCUGGGACAAGACGGAUGCCUACAGCCAGAGGGUCUACGGCCUGUCGGAGGCCGUGGUGUCUGUGGGCUUUGAGUAUGAGUCGUGCCUAGACCUGAUACUGUGGGAGAGGCGAACUGCAGUGCUACAGGGCUAUGAGCUGGACGCCUCUAACAUGGGAGGGUGGACGCUGGACAAACACCACGUGCUGGACGUCCAGAGUGGCAUCCUGUACAAAGGUGACGGUGAGAACGUGUUCAUUUCUCAGCAGCCUCCGGUGGUCAGCACCAUCAUGGGCAACGGACGCAGGCGCAGUAUCUCCUGCCCCAGCUGUAACGGCCAGGCGGACGGCAACAAGCUCCUGGCCCCGGUGGCUCUGGCCUGCGGCUCGGACGGCAGCCUCUUCGUGGGAGACUUCAACUACAUCAGACGCAUCUUCCCUUCUGGGAAUGUCACCAGCGUCAUGGAGCUGAGAAAUAAAGACUUCAGACACAGCAACAACCCGGCACACCGGUACUACCUGGCAACCGACCCGAUGACAGGGCAGCUGUACGUGUCGGACACGAACUCUCGCCGGAUCUUCCAGCCCAAGGUUCUGACGGGCACGAAGGAGCUGCUCCAGAAUGCAGAGGUGGUGGUGGGGACUGGUGAGCAGUGCUUGCCCUUCGACGAGGCUCGCUGUGGGGAUGGAGGAAAGGCCACAGAGGCCCUGCUGCUCGGCCCCAAAGGCAUAGCUGUGGAUAAGAAUGGCUUCAUCUAUUUUGUGGAUGGGACGAUGAUUCGGAAGGUGGACCGGAAUGGCAUCAUCUCAACUCUCCUUGGAUCAAAUGAUCUGACCUCUGCACGCCCUUUGACAUGUGACACCAGCAUGCAUAUUGGACAGGUGCGUCUGGAGUGGCCCACUGACCUGGCCAUUAACCCCAUGGACAACUCCAUCUACGUGCUGGACAACAACGUGGUGCUACAGAUCACCGAGAACCGGCAGGUGCGCAUCGUAGCCGGCCGGCCCAUGCACUGUCAGGUCCCGGGCAUCGAGUACGCGCUGGGUAAGCGUGCCAUCCAGACCACACUAGAGGGCGCUACAGCCAUCGCACUGUCCUUCAGCGGCGUGCUGUACAUCGCCGAGACCGACGAGAAGAAGAUCAACCGGAUCAGGCAGGUGAGCACCGACGGCGAGAUCUCCCACCUGGCAGGGGCGCCGCCUGAGUGCGACUGCAAGAACGACGCCAACUGUGACUGUUACCUGACGGGUGACGGUUACGCCAAAGACGCCCGACUGAACGCUCCGUCCUCGCUGGUGGUGUCUUCCGACGGGACGCUCUACGUGGCCGACCUGGGCAACAUCCGGAUACGCGCCGUUUCGCGGAACCGGCCGCCACAGGGCUCGUCCGGACUGUACGAAGUGGCGUCGCCGGCAUCGCAGGAGCUGUACGUGUUCGACGCCAACGGGACGCACCAGUUCACCAUGAGCCUCGUCACCGGCGACUACAAGUACAACUUCAGCUACAGCAACGAGGAUGAUGUCACCGCCGUCACCGACAGCAACGGGAACACGCUGCGGGUGCGCCGUGACCCCAACCGCAUGCCCGUGCGUAUCGUCUCCCCCGACAACCAGGUGAUCUGGCUGACCAUCGGGACGAACGGCGGGCUGAAGACGUUGACUGCGCAGGGGCAGGAGCUCGUGCUCUUCACGUAUCACGGCAACAGCGGGCUGCUGGCCACCAAAAGCAUUCAGAUCGGCUGGACCACCUUUUACGACUAUGACAGUGAGGGCAGGCUGACCAACGUCACCUUCCCCACGGGGAUAAUUACCAGCCUGAUCGAGGAGAUGGACAGAGCCCUGACCGUAGAUAUCGAAACCUCAGGGCGGGAUGAUGAUGUCAGCAUUACCACCAACCUGUCCUCUAUCGACUCCUUCUACACGCUCGUGCAAGACCAGCUGAGGAACAGCUACCAGGUGGGCUAUGAUAACUCUCUGAGGGUUGUCUAUGCCAACGGCAUGGACUCCCACUACCAGACGGAGCCUCACAUCCUGGCGGGUGCAGCCAACCCUACGGUGGCCCGGAGGAACAUGAGUCUGCCUGGGGAGAACGGGCAGAACCUGGUGGAGUGGCGCUUCAGAAAGGAGCAAACCAGAGGAAAAGUCAUAGUGUUCGGCCGCAAGCUACGGGUCAAUGGAAGAAACCUUCUAUCGGUGGACUACGACCGAACUCUGCGCACCGAGAAGAUCUACGACGACCACCGCAAGUUCCUGCUGAAGAUCGUGUACGACGCAGCGGGCCACCCCACGCUGUGGGUGCCCAGCAGUAAACUGAUGUCCGUCAACCUCACCUACUCCAGCGCCGGUCAGGUGACCGGCAUCCAGAGGGGCGGCACAGUGGAGAGAGUGGAGUAUGACAGCCAGGGACGCAUCGUCUCCAGAACCUUCGCAGAUGGCAAGACCUGGAGCUACACGUACCUCGACAAGGCCAUGGUGCUUUUGCUCCACAGCCAACGACAGUACAUUUUCGACUACGACCUUCAGGAUCGGCUGUCCGCCAUCACUAUGCCUAGCGUGGCGCGCCACACCAUGGAGACCAUCCGAUCCAUCGGCUACUACCGCAACAUCUACCACCCGCCCGAGAGCAACGCUUCCGUGACGGUGGACUACAGCGAAGACGGCCAGCUCCUCCGUGUGGCGCACCUGGGCACGGGCCGCCGCAUCCUGUACAAGUACCGAAGACAGAACAAGCUGUCGGAGAUCCUGUACGAUAGCACGCGCGUCAGCUUCACGUACGACGAGACGGCCGGCGUCCUGAAGACGGUGAACCUGCAGAGCGAGGGUUUCAUCUGCUCCAUCCGCUACCGGCAGAUCGGACCCCUGGUGGACAGGCAGAUAUUCCGCUUCAGCGAAGACGGCAUGGUGAACGCCCGCUUCGACUAUUCCUAUGACAACAGCUUCCGGGUCACCAGCAUGCAAGGGGUCAUCAACGAGACACCCCUCCCCAUCGACCUCUACCAGUUCGACGACAUCUCAGGCAAGGUGGAGCAGUUCGGCAAGUUUGGCGUCAUCUACUACGACAUCAACCAGAUCAUCUCCACGGCAGUCAUGACCUACACCAAGCACUUUGACGUCCACGGCCGCAUUAAGGAGAUCCAGUACGAGAUCUUCCGGUCCCUGAUGUACUGGAUCACCAUCCAGUACGACAACAUGGGCCGCGUGACCAAGCGCGAGAUAAAGAUCGGGCCUUUCGCCAACACCACCAAAUACAGCUACGAGUACGACGUGGACGGCCAACUGCAGACCGUCUACCUGAACGAGAAGAUGAUGUGGCGCUACAGCUACGACCUGAACGGCAACCUGCACCUUCUGAACCCUGGCAACAGCGCCCGCCUCACGCCGCUCCGCUACGACCUGCGAGACCGAAUCACUCGGCUGGGUGACGUGCAGUACCGAAUGGACGAGGACGGCUUCCUGCGUCAGAGGGGCACUGAGGUGUUCGAAUACAACUCCAAGGGUCUGCUGGUGAGGGUGCACAGCAAGGCGGGCGGCUGGACCAUCCAGUACCGCUACGAUGGGCUGGGGAGGCGCCUUUCCUCACGCAGUAGCCUGGGUCAGCACCUUCAGUUCUUCUUCGCCGAUCUGAACUACCCCACGCGCAUCACCCACGUCUACAACCACUCCAGCUCCGAGAUCACCUCCCUCUACUACGACCUGCAGGGCCACCUGUUCGCCAUGGAGAUCAGCAGCGGGGAGGAGUUCUACAUCGCGUGCGACAACACCGGGACUCCGCUGGCUGUCUUUAGCAGCAACGGCUUGCUCCUGAAGCAGGUGCAGUACACUGCCUACGGGGAGAUCUACUUCGACUCCAACCCGGACUUUCAGCUGGUCAUCGGCUUCCACGGGGGACUGUAUGACCCGCUAACGCGGUUGCUGCACUUUGGAGAAAGAGACUACGACAUCCCGGCCGGCCGCUGGACCACCCCGGAUAUUAGCACCUGGACCAGGGUGGGCAAAGACCCGGCCCCCUUCAACCUGUACAUGUUUCGAAAUAAUAACCCUGUUAGCAAAGUGCAUGAUGUCAAAGAGUACGUCACAGAUGUCAACAUCUGGCUGGUAACAUUCGGAUUCCACCUUCACAACGCCAUCCCAGGGUUCCCAAUUCCCAAAUUCGACCUCACACAACCCUCACUGGAGAUGGGAAAGAGCCAGCUUUGGGACGACCUUCCGUCAAUCUCGGGCGUGCAGCAGGAAGUGACACGGCAGGCCAAGGCCUUCCUGUCCUUUGAGAGGAUGCCCGAGGUGCAGCUGAGCCGUCACCGGUCCACACGGGACAAACCCUGGCUGUGGUUCGCCACUGUCAAGUCCCUGAUUGGUAAAGGCGUGAUGCUCGCCAUCACCAGCAAGGGUCAGGUGGCGACCAACGCGCUGAACAUCGCCAACGAGGACUGCAUCAAGGUGGCGGCCGUGCUGAACAACGCCUUCUACCUAGAGGACCUACAUUUCACGGUCGAGGGCCGCGACACGCAUUACUUCAUCAAGACGAGCCUGCCCGAGAGCGACCUGGCGGCCCUCAGGCUCACCAGCGGCCGCAAGAGCCUGGAGAACGGCGUGAACGUGACGGUGUCGCAGUCCACCACGGUGGUGAAUGGGCGCACGCGGCGCUUCGCCGACGUGGAGCUGCAGUACGGCUCGCUGGCGCUGCACGUCCGCUACGGCAUGACGCUGGACGAGGAGAAGGCGCGCGUGCUGGAGCACGCCCGGCAGCGGGCCCUGGCGAGCGCGUGGGCGCGGGAGCAGCAGCGUGUGCGCGACGGGGAGGAAGGCGUGCGCCUCUGGACCGAGGGGGAGAAGCGGCAGCUGCUGAGCUCGGGCAAAGUGCUGGGAUAUGAUGGCUACUACGUCCUGUCCGUGGAGCAGUACCCCGAGCUGGCCGACAGCGCCAACAACGUUCAGUUCCUGAGGCAGAGCGAGAUCGGGAAGAGGUAACAGUCCAUCUGCUAGGCUGCUUCCGUCGCUACUCCCCUAUACCUGCCCUCUAUGCUGACGACCAGCCCACACCCCAACCCGUACACCCUGUAGAGUAGGUCUGGGGAACUGUGUCUAGACGCCUCUCACUUACCAUGUAGAAAAGACCCGAUGGACACACCCGUGUCACGGGUUGUGUCACAUGCCUAUAACGUUGACAUCUCUUAAUGCCACAACAUAGAACGGACAAAGGAACUCUUUCCAAAAGAGCGAGGACUCUUCCUGAGAUAAAAAACAGUUCAGAAACUAUUCAUUCUAAUCUUUUUUCGUGCUUUUUUUGUAUGAAAACCUUAAAGGUGACAUGCUUAACAGAUAUAAAAAAAUAAAUAAGGACAAAAAAAGGAAUCAAAAUGUUUACAAGCGCAAAACCAGUGCACCCCGCUGGACAAGGCUGUAAACGAGCUCUGGGUCAGGUCUCGUGGAGAAGGCUGACCUGCCCAAAGGCUCCAUCUGCGCUCCACGCCUCUCCUUCACAUCGGUGCGAGGUCUCAUGGGACUACCCUGAGGAUGUACAGUGAACAAACUAUGGUACCUUACUGCUUCGCUUUCUUAAAGGACACAGUUAUGAUUCAAGUAUUCAGUCAAGUCUGAGUGUUCGAUGUCUUUACUGACCCAGCUGACGUGACGGACGUAGAGUAGCGAGCAAAACAGACGAAACUAAAAGCAUACAUCAUAUCUGACCAGUCUUUGGACAAGAGACGCGAGAUUAUCUUUAUGGGUUUUUUUUUUUUUACCAUUAAAAAAAAAAAAAAAAAAAAAAAAUCCACUUAUCCGUACAUCAAUAUUAGUCUCAGAGAAAGUAAUUUAUGUACAGUGUUUAUACAUAAAAAAAAAAAAAUAAAAUCUUAAAAAUACUGAGACUUUUUUCUUCUUGUCAUGCAUUACUGUUUAUACUUCAUGAAUUUUAAUAUUUGAGCUUAUCAGAAUAGGGUUAAUGCUAAUCAAAACAAAAGCCGCUGUACAAUCUCAUUAACCUCUGCGUUAAAGUAUAUUUUUUUCACAAAUCUUUUGAUUCUCUGCGAUGGUUUGUUCUGCACUUUUUUAUUUUAUUUUUUUAUGGAGCCACAAACUGUUGUUUGGUUUCAUACAUUGUCUGCCUCUCCCCUGUAAUCCAUGUUUCCUUUCCACGCGCGAUAGGCGUUAGUUAGGAGUCAGACGAAAUAAAUCAAGGACGCUAUUCCUUAUGACAGCUGCAUAGACUGAGUGGAGUCGUAGUUUUUCCUAGUUAAGCUUCACAGCCGCAAUCUAUCCCGAGCCCUGUGAUGGGAACGCCGCCAGUUUGACUCCGAUUGCUUCGCGCGCUCUUGUUUAGUUUAGAGGGAGUCGUCUCCCUAAUACUAAAGCUGGAUGUCACUGGCAGAUGAGCGAUAAAGGGGAACUCCCAAAAAAGGAGCUACCCUAUCAGGAAUCAACGUCCCAGAAGCCAUGAUACACACAUACGAGUGUAAGACACACCUGAACUCAGUGGGACAUUGAGGAGCAGUGAGUUGACCCAGGGCCUUCAGUUAUCAGUGUCACCCUCCACCGCCCGUCAUGUAUAUGCCCAGCUGGAACGUCCCAUUACCUGGUUCUGUUAUUUUUGUUUGUUUUUGUUUUAUCCUUUUUUUUUUUGGUACAUGCUUUUUAGGACAAAAUGUUAGGUGUGAUGUGAGAAAUUGUCUUUGUUACAUUUUCUUAAUUGUUUUACUGUACGGUGGAACCUGCUUUUCUGUUGUGCUUUGUUUCUGCAGAGGGUCACGUUUUCUUUUCAGGCCUGUGGGCCAAUUGACAUGCUGUGUGUGUGUAGGUGUGUGACACUGCGUAUGCCUGUGUGUGUGUGCGGCUGGUCAGUGGUAACCUCUUCCUGCACAACACUUCCUCACAUUCUGAUAUGCCACAAGCUUAGCCUGGGGCGUCCACGGAGGCUCCGUUGCCCUCGGCUACAGACGAAACCGAACCUGCACGUGUUGGGAGAGCACACGACACAGCAGGCAGGAACCCUCAGUGGCAGCGAACACAGGUCAUGUUACACACACCACUCAUCCCCUGACAGCCUUAGGUCCGCGAUGUUGGGAGGAGGGGACAUGAACUACCUGUUGUGCACUUAUGUUUGAUGUGUGCUGUCCCAUGGCCCCACUGCUCUGGCCACAGAGGCACCGUUUAGAUCAGCGGCAGGAGUCAGGUAACUGUGUUUGAAAACACACCGCUUUUGAUGGAUUAUGUUACUGUGUUUUGCUUCUUCUCAAGUUUGCCCUCCGACAUCUGUAAAAUGAAUUUCCUGAAUUCAAACUGUUUUUGCAUUUCAGUUUGUUUGUUCUCCUGGUCUGCAAUCCCGUUCUUGUAGCUGGCAGUCUGUAAAACCGUGUUCCCUCAUAUUGGUCAGCCUGUCAUGUGACAAAGUAUAACAAAAAUGCCAGAGACAUUUUUUUUAAAGUGUUGUGUGCAGUAAGCCUUGUUUAGAUGGAUUUUAUGGGAUUUCUUUUUUUUUUAUGGAAAUUUUUUUAAACAAUUGUUUUUUUUUUAAGCAAACAUUUGUUUUUGUCGUCUGAGAAUGCGUCAGACGACAGAGCUGCUGUUAUUAGUAACUGUUGAUGUCCCAGUCUCUCGUGAAAUGAACACACAAACAGCUUCGGUGACGUCUCAGUUCAUUUCUAAAGCUGCCCUUUAUUAUAAUAAUUAUUAUUUUGUGUGUUUGAUAAGACACAAAUGUCUGGAGUGUAGUUAAAAGCCUGGAUACACUGAGGAGCACAAGAAGUUGGGCUGUUAUUAGGAGACACGUUAAAGACCAUUGCAAAUAAUGCAAAAGCAAUCAAGUGAUGUACAGCCAAGGCAAUAAUUUACUUGAUUCCAAUCUAAAGUUCAAUCUGAUAACAUGACAUAAGCAACAGCAGAAAUAUUGGCUUGUUUAUCCCAUUUACUAACUACUGAAAGAUGCAAACUUCUUAUAACUGUUUCACUACAGAAACUUCUCAGAUUCAGAACACACCAAGUUGUGUAUCCAGGCCUUUUAAAAUGUGUGUUUGAAGUAAUCUGAACUAGGUCAAUGCUGGACCCAUUACAUUUUAAUUUUCAACAUGUUAAUGCACCACAGAUGUCAAUCAUUCAAAUAAAAACGUAAUACUCUAAAGGGUUUCAGAACUCACUA